CACCUGAAGAUCAGCUCUGCAGCCAUUAAUUUUUCACCAGCUUCGACGAACGACCAUACAGUAUCAUGUUUCCAGUUGUUUAGCAGCAGUUGAGGCAAAAAUAUUUGGCACUCGUAAGGCAGGAGCCGUGGGAGGGGUACUCGAGUACGGUACUCGAGUAUAUUACUGUGCUGCACUAGUGCUGCACAGUACCAGUACCGGUACCCAACUUGCGGUACCCCAGUGAAACCACCUCAAAUCCCCUCCCACCCCUACCGCACCGAGUACCCGACAACCCAGUAAUCCCUACCGCCAAGCAAAACAACCUUCCAUCCCAUCCCAUCACAUCUGCCAUCCAUCCACCAUCCCACCUGCUACAGCAAAACCACCAUCAAGCUCCAGAACACCCCCCAGACCAAGCAGGAAAGAAAAGAAAAGAAAACCCCUCCAACCCCUCCAACCCCUCUCAUUGUGAGGCCAAAUUACUCCAGCCUUGUGGCAUCAUCCCUCCUUCAACAAUGUCGACAACAACCACAACAAUCGCCCAAACGCAAAAGGACCAACAAAAGCUCAAGGAAAUGCACCAAAAGGCACUCGCCGACAUCGAGAAGGAGCAAGCCGUGCUGCGGGAGUUGAUCGCCAGCAAGCGGGCGGAAAAGGAGACUCUAGAGGCUGUUUACGAUAGACUCAAGAAGAGGGGGGAGGAUGGAAAGGGGUAGUAGUAGAAGGGGAGGGGGGGGGAAGAAGGAUGGGAGUUAAAGAUUGUAUGUGGGUUUUCGGAGUUUAGUUUUUUUUUCCUCCGCAGGUCUUUCUUUCGGGGAAAAAGGGGGGAAGGAGUGAAAUUUAUGCUUUGGGAUCGAUGGAAUGAAGGGUAUCUCGACAAUGGACCGAAUAGGGAAUAACCGGCGUAAUGGGACUACUAUACGGGUAAGACGUGAUGCGAUGUCCUGGCACUAUACUCGUGCGGUAUUCUAAUGAUCAUCCGCUUGUGCAGGUCCUUUGAUACCGAUACUUGGAAGCCUUUCGGAAUAGCGACCCCCCCCCCCCCUUUUCACCCGCGCAAGGGGACCAAACGGAAACAUCAAAUCCUAUAGAUAAUCUACUAUCGCCAUAAA